GAAGCAAGGCUUCAGUAUGUGGUGCUGAAGUGGUUGCUCUAGAAGGAAAUGUGAUAAAUGUCAUAAAUAACGAAUACCCCCCUUCCUUCUCCUUUUCCAUAGUUUUUUUUAUCUGAGCAGACAUCAUAUGAAAAGGAUUAUCCCUUUGGACCAUGUGUCAGCUUUCCUGGCUAUGUUACCUGCCUAUGAUUCCAAGAUCUUGCCUGCCUCCAGCCUACUGGUGAGGAGGAAUGUUGGAGAGCACUGAUGCUGUGGGAGCACUGCUCAGCAGUAGCCAAAACCCUGGUGUGAUGCCAUCACCUCUAGAUACCAGUACAAAACACAGCACUGUGAGGGCUACUGAGGGGAAAAUGAGCUCCCUGUCAGGCAGACUCAAUACAGACUGUCAGCUCUUGCUUAUAAUGUCCAUGUCUUUUUUGAACAGGUUCUCCACUUGCGCGUAGAACAACAGCCUCACGAUGUGCGGGAUCUGGGCCCUGUUUGGCAGCGAUGAAUGCCUUUCUGUCCAGUGCCUCAGUGCCAUGAAGAUAGCACACAGAGGUCCCGAUGCAUUUCGUUUUGAGAACGUCAAUGGUUUCACCAACUGUUGCUUUGGUUUCCACCGCCUUGCAGUUGUUGAUCAGCUAUAUGGUAUGCAGCCUAUCCGGGUGAAGAAAUUCCCAUAUCUGUGGCUGUGUUACAAUGGAGAAAUCUACAAUUUCAAACAACUGCAGAAGCAGUUUGGAUUUGAAUAUCAAACAUUAGUGGAUGGUGAGGUUAUCCUUCAUCUUUACAACAGAGGAGGAAUAGAACAAACGGCGUCCAUGCUAGAUGGUGUAUUUGCUUUUAUCCUUCUGGACACUGCAAACAGAAAAGUGUUUCUGGCGAGAGAUACCUAUGGAGUCAGACCACUGUUUAAGGUGCUGACUGAUGAUGGAUUUUUGGGUGUCUGUUCUGAGGCAAAAGGACUUAUCAACUUAAAGCAUUCAACAUCCUUAUGUUCUAAAGUGGAACCGUUUCUCCCGGGUCAUUAUGAAGUAUUGGAUUUAAAGCCCUCUGGCAAGGUUGCAUCAGUGGAAUUAGUAAAAUUUCAUAGCUGUAAAGAUGAACCGCUCCAUGUUGCGUGUGAUACAGUGGAAGCUCUGCCUUCAGGCUUUGACCUUGAGACGGUGAAAAGCAACAUCCGUAUUCUAUUUGAAAAUGCUGUUAGAAAACGUUUGAUGGCUCACAGAAGAAUUGGUUGUCUUCUGUCCGGGGGCUUAGAUUCCAGCUUGGUUGCAGCUGUUCUUCUGAAACUGAUGAAAGAAAUCAACAUCAAUUAUCCGUUACAAACCUUUGCAAUUGGAAUGGAAAACAGUCCUGAUUUACUGGCUGCCAGAAAGGUGGCAGCACAUAUAGGCAGUGAACAUCAUGAAGUAAUACUUAAUACUGAAGAGGGAAUUCAGGCAAUAGAAGAGGUUAUCUUCUCGUUGGAAACCUAUGAUAUAACAACUAUAAGAGCUUCAAUUGGUAUGUAUCUUGUCUCCAAAUAUAUUCGGAAGAAAACAGACAGCGUGGUAAUUUUUUCAGGAGAAGGAUCAGAUGAGCUGACACAAGGAUAUAUAUAUUUCCAUAAGGCACCGUCUCCCGAGGAAGCUGCAGAGGAGAGCGAGAGGCUUCUGAAGGAGCUCUACCUGUUUGAUGUACUUCGUGCAGACAGAACUACUGCAGCACACGGCCUUGAACUGAGAGUCCCAUUUUUGGAUCAUCGUUUUACUUCUUAUUAUUUAUCUCUACCAGCAGAAUUGCGAAUUCCAAAGAAUGGAAUUGAAAAAUACCUUUUAAGAUUGUCCUUUGAAGAUUCCAAUUUACUUCCCAAAGAAAUUCUCUGGAGACCCAAAGAAGCUUUUAGUGAUGGUAUAGCAUCAGUAAAGAAAUCCUGGUUUUCUAUUCUUCAGGACUAUAUUGAUCAACAGGUUGAUGACCUUUUACUGGAAAAGGCAGCGGAGAAAUAUCCUUUCAAUCCUCCUAAAACAAAAGAAAGUUACUACUAUCGCCAGAUCUUUGAAAAGCACUACCCAGGGCGAAGCAGCUGGCUGCCCCACUACUGGAUGCCAAGAUGGGUUAAAGCUACUGAUCCUUCUGCACGCACAUUGAAACAUUACAAGUCAGCCACACAAGAAUAGGCUGUUGAAGUAAUCCCCCAAAUGAAAGUGCUGCAGGCAUUGUUUUAAAAAAACCAAACAAAUUAUGCAAACCUAAAGCUUAAAUCAUCUUUAAGAUGUGUUUUGACAAUGCUAUUGGAAAUGAGAGCUUUCUGUAGUUAGUGUACUAUUAAAAAUUUACCCUGCUGUACCAAAACUUUGUAAUUCAUGGGAAAAUACUCCAUUGACAGAAAACUACAUUAUUUGACUACUCUGUUCCUUAUGUGACCUCCAUUGUAUUCAGUUGCCUGGCAGUUAUUUAAUAUAUUGUAAUGUGAGCUCUGUUACAAGGACUUGAAUCAGGCUGAGGGAUGCAAACUGCUGAAGGCCAUCUGAGCAAAGGGAAUUUGGCUGUAGCUAUUUAGUGACUUGUGUUCCUGGCUGUGGGACUUGGAUAAUCUCUAUAUGAUUCUAUUCUGAAUGUCUUUCUACACACUCCUGAGAACCUUGGUGUAGUUUUCAAAAAGUAUUUAGAUAUUCAUAGCUAUGCAGAGAUGCUUACUAGAGACUAUAAUAGGUGUGGUGCUGGAUGUUAAUUAAUUAAAUGAAUGGGAAUCUUAUUUGUUCCUGUGAAGCCACCAGUUGGCUGUUUUGAGUCUUAUAAAUAUAUCAUGAGUCUAAGGAUUUUGUGACUGUUAUUGAAGAGCAGAACAGACAAGAGAAGCCAAAUUAUGUCUUUGUUUCUAACUCAAGGACUUCAAUUUUUAAAUUUAUUUAUUAUUCUUGAAAAAAAAAGGUUGUUAAUUGGGUGAUAUGUGUCAGUCUGAUGGAAAUUGCAUGAGUAUUUUAAGAAAUUUUUCACUUACUUUGAGAGUUUUUCCACCUGUGUGAUGAAAAGUUAGACUGUGUUGCUGCUGAACUUUGUGGUGAACCAACCUUGUUAACCAUCGAUUUCAGUCAGACAAAGCAUCACCAAUGACAAUGGGAUCAGAUGCAUUGCUUGGAAGAAUGGGAAAAAAGCUGCUUCAUAAACUACAAGAACUUCUAAUACUCUGUUGAAAAGCAUCUGCGUUUUUCUCCAGGACAACUUUUUAUUAACUACUUAGUCAUGGAGGCUGCUUUUUUAAAGGUAACUUAAAGGUGGUCAAGAGAUAGAUGUGUGUGCUACAGACUGACUUGAUUAGCAUCAUGCUCUUUGUGAAGACAAGUCUGCUUUAUUGUCCCUCUUGACUAGGAAACCAAAGCCAUUUUUUAUUUAAAAGAUAAAAUAUAUGCUGUUCUGAUUUAAAAUCUUCAUGAAAUGACUGAUGUCUAUUUGUUACUGCACCCUCAUCCUGAAUCUGUAUUCCAGGAGCUUUACUGAAACCUUUUGGUGGCACCAGAGCACUCGUGAACUGCCCAGUUAUAGCCAGUAGUGGCAAUAUUUUGACAUAAACUUGCACAUAUUAAGUUAAUAUGUUCCUGCAGUCCUCUUAAGGGCCAUGCACUUGCCUUUUUGGAUUUCUUUGAAGCAGUAAAGUAUAUUUUGAGGGAACAGAGGAGUAUAGAUUAUGUUGACUAGGUGGUGAUGUGAUAAGAUUUACUACUUACUGUAAACUUCCCAAGGGUGAGACAAAAAAAUAGCAUUUGCAUGAAGUGAAAAUAGGCUAAACACAUUUUUGGGUCAUUACUCAAAUGCACUUUCUGCUGCAACAUUGUCAGGCAUUCAAGGAAAUCCACCUAAUUUUUUUUUAAUUCCUAUUUCAUUGGGCAUAUACAUAUCAAGGCUAUAUUCUAGACAGGUGAUCCAGUUAUUUUAGUUUU